AUGCCCAACAUCAGCUCUGUGAGCGAGUUCCUGCUGCUGGCAUUCGCAGAGACGCGCGAGCUGCAGCUCCUGCACUUCGCGCUCUUCCUGGGCAUCUACCUGGCUGCCCUCCUGGGCAACGGCCUCAUCCUCAGCGCCGUAGCCUGCCACCACCGCCUCCACACCCCCAUGUACUUCUUCCUGCUCAACCUCGCCCUCCUCGACCUGGGCUGCAUCUCCACCACUCUGCCCAAAGCCAUGGCCAUAUCCCUCUGGGACACUAGGGCCAUCUCCUAUCAAGGCUGUGCUGCACAGGUCUUCUUUAUAGCCUUCUUCAUUGGAGCAGAGUAUUCCCUUCUCACUGUCAUGGCCUACGACCGCUACGUUGCCAUCUGCAAGCCCCUGCACUACGGGAGCCUCCUGGGCAGCAGAGCUUGUGCCCAGAUGGCAGCAGCUGCCUGGGGCAGUGGCUUUUUCCAUGGUGUCCUGCACACGGCCAACACAUUUUCCCUGCCCCUCUGCCACGGCAAUGCUGUGGACCAGUUCUUCUGUGAAAUCCCCCACAUCCUCAAGCUCUCCUGCUCAGAUGCUUAUCUCAGGGAAGCUGGUCUUCUAGUCGUUAGUGCAUGUUUAGCAUUUGGUUGUUUUGCAUUCAUUGUGCUGUCCUAUGUUCAGAUCUUCAGGGCAGUGCUGAGGAUGCCCUUUGAACAGGGCCGGCACAAAGCCUUUUCCACGUGCCUCCCUCACCUGGCUGUGGUCUCGCUUUUUCUCAGCACUGGCAUUUUUGCCUACCUGAAGCCUAAAUCAAUCUCUUCCCCAUCCCUGGAUCUGCUGGUGUCACUUCUGUACUCAGUGGUACCUCCAGCAGUGAACCCCCUCAUUUACAGCAUGAGGAACCAGGAGCUCAAACAGGCAGUGAGGAAACUAUCCCUCUCUUCUAGGCUGCUCUCCAGCGUCUCAUCGCCCAGUCUGUCCAUGUAG